UUCAAAUCCAAUUUCAGCCAAUCCUAUCGGAACUCUCCCCCGCCGUACAAACCCUUCGGUAUCAAUUCUCACCAACAAAUCGAAGCCUCUCUCUUGGAGCUACCACCGACGGCACCAUGGUACGGACGUUGCGGGAUGGAAGAAGAGCUUACGAGUGUGUGUGUAGGUGAUGAACAAGAGCAGUAAGAUGCUCAACUACAUCAACUACCGCAUGAAGGUAACCCUGGCGGACGGCCGAACGCUGGUCGGUACCUUCAUGGCCUUUGACAAACACAUGAACUUGGUGCUGGGGGACUGCGAAGAGUUUCGAACGCUCAAGAACAAACUCAAGGGCGCUGCGGCGUCCGUGAAGGAAGAGCGCGUGCAGAAACGCAUGCUGGGGCUGGUGUUGCUGCGUGGCGAAAACGUCGUGUCACUCACGGUCGAGUCGCCGCCUCCGGCGCACGAAGUAGAAGGCUUGGGCAACAUGGGUCCUGGGUUUGGUCGAGCGGCGGGUCGUGGAUUGCCUGCCGCACCGAUCGGGAUCCCCAUGGGCUUGGCUGCGCCGAUGCGAGGCGUCGGUGGUCCUGCUGGCAUGCUGCAACCGGGUCAAGUUGCGGCUCAAGCGCCGGCACAGUCGUACGGCCGCGGCAUCCCUCCGCGAGGACCUCCUCCCGGCAUGCUUCCCCCACGUGGCCCGCCGCCGCCAGGCAUGUUUCCUCCGGGCAUGUUGCCGCCUGGUAUGCUGCCGCCUGGCAUGCUACCUCCGGGUAUGCGACCCCCGCCUGGCCUGGGCAUGCCGCCGCCCCCGCCUCCAGGCGGACCGCCCAUGAUGCGACCUCCUCCUGGCCAAUAAUUACCCCAAUUUAACACGAUACGUGUGAUUCUUACUGUGUAGUUAGUAUAUUAAUACUUAGUACCUAUUAAUAGUACUCG